AUGGGGUUUUUCAUGAUUUCAAAUCAAUCAUCAACCUCAACAUAUUAUACACAAAUGGAUAUUUGCCGAACCUUUGCGAGAUUCGGUCACUGUGAGAUUAUCGGAUGUCUCUAUAAACAUCCGGGCAGAGACGAAUCGAUGAUGACUACACCAUACGCAAACUCCUAUGGUCAAUCAAUGACUGCUGGAUCGCCGAGCUCGAAAACAACAACAGCACAACAACAAGCACAAGCACAACAACAACUGCAGCAGCAGCAACAACAACAAAACGACAGCCACGACGGCAUGACAUCGGCUUCCUCAUGGGAAGAAGCCGGCAACUACCAACCGUUUCAAGACAGCACGCUGCUUCCUCACACUGCUGGCGGCCAGCAGCAACACCACUUAUAUUACAAGCCAGGUCCGGCCGCCGCUUACAACGCCGCCGCAGUUGCCGCCAUGCAAGGAAAAGCAGGCGGUGCCGGUGCGCCACACCAACCCUUUCAACCCAUACCGCCACACUCACACCACCAGAGUAUGGGAUUAGUAUCGCCACCACCCCAAAUCCUUCAGUACAGCGGACACUCGCCAUACACCACCGGCGUCGUUCCAUUCCAGUCGCCACCACCCUACACCCGUAAACUCUGCCGUUUCGCAGAGAAGUGUCGUAAUGGCGACGACUGUCCUUUCUACCACCCGAAACCACACGAGCAACAGUACUAUAGUCAACAGCAACAACAACAACAACAAGACAUGAUGUCCUAUCGUUCACCACCAUUGAUCGCACCCUAUCAACAAUACCCAUACCAACCACACCCAUCAGCAAUGCAAGGCUAUCCACCACAACCAUUUUUCUACAAUCGUAAUGUCUAUGAUCAACAACAACAACAGCAAUUGACACCAAAUAACAACAAUAAUAAUACUCAUCAAAAUGGACAACAACAAACACAUCACAACAACAAUAGCCAUCAUCAUCAUAACAACAAUCAUCAUCAUCAACAGCAACAACAACAACAUAAUCAACAAAUCCAACAUAAUCAACAUCAUCAACAACAACAACAACAACAAUCAUCAGGUGAAACAACUCCAUCUGAAACAACAACUACUACAUCAUCUUCGUCUGGUACUUUUAUUUCGAUGACAGCCGAUCAGUUAAUUAAAGGUACAAUUCCAUCACCGACUUCCAGCCAACAACAACAACAACAACAACAACAAUCAAACUCCAAUCAAACAUCGACUACCUCGUCAUCAAGCACCACUCCAUCAAGUACACCACCAGCCACCAUCCAACCAACACCACAAACCAACAGCAAUAACACUCCAGUAAACAACACACCAACUCCAAACAAUACCACUGCCUCCAAUCAACCAACACUCAAUGGUAACUCAUCAAACAACAGAAACAACAAACAAAAGAAUCAACAUCAUCAUAAUAAUAAUAAUAACAACAACAACAGCAACAACAAUCACCAACCAAAAUCAGAUAUCAAACCAAUGAAUAAAUCAAACUAUAACGGACCGAAACCAAACUACACUCCACAACAAACAAUUCAACAAAAUAAUGAUUCAGAUAAAGUUGUAGAAUCAAUGGCUACUGCAAUCAAACAGAUUCACCUUAAAGAAGAAAACAAACCAAACAAAACAGAAAAUAAUAAUAAUAAUACUGGUACAUCAACACCCAUUUUAACAACACCACCACCACCACAAUCACAAACAACACCAACCCACCCGAGAAAAGGACAAUACCAAUCACCAUCAUUCGAUAAAAAGAACUUUAAAACUAUUUCCAAACCAAAGCAACCACAAUAUGACGAGAAAAACAAUACGAUCAACCAACCACCACACCACAACAACAACGGUAACAACGGCAAUCAUAUAAAAUCAAACGAGAAUGGUAAAAUUAAAAAAGAUUUAAAUGGUAGCAACUCACCAAAAGAGCAAAACAACAGUAAUUUUCAUAGCAAAAAGAGAGGUAGUUUCCCACCACUUCCAUCAAGACAAGUUGAUCAAAGUGUAGAACAAAAGACCGCAAGCAGUUAA